AGGCGGCGAUUGGCUGGAGUGGCCUACGUCGGGAAAAUGGCUGCGAGUACCUCAGCAGUCUCGGUGGCUGUGCCCGCGGCCGUGGUGCCGGUCUUGACCACCGACGGCGAUUUCUCAGAUUUGCGGGAGAUCAAAAAGCAGCUACUGCUGAUUGCGGGCCUUACCCGGGAGCGGGGCCUUCUGCACAGUAGCAAAUGGUCGGCGGAGUUGGCCUUUUCUCUUCCCGCCUUGCCUCUAGCGGAGCUGCAGCCGCCGCCGCCCAUUACAGAGGAGGAUGCUCAGGAUAUGGAUGCGUACACCCUGGCCAAGGCCUACUUUGAUGUUAAAGAGUAUGAUCGGGCAGCGCAUUUUCUACAUGGUUGCAAUAGCAAGAAAGCCUAUUUCCUAUACAUGUAUUCCAGAUAUCUGUCUGGAGAAAAAAAGAAAGAUGAUGAAACAGUUGAUAGCUUAGGCCCCCUGGAGAAAGGACAAGUGAAAAAUGAGGCUCUUAGAGAAUUGAGAGUGGAGCUCAGCAAAAAACACCAAGCUCGGGAACUUGAUGGAUUUGGCCUUUAUCUCUAUGGUGUGGUGCUUCGAAAGCUGGACUUGAUAAAAGAGGCCAUUGAUGUGUUUGUGGAGGCCACUCAUAUUUUGCCUUUGCACUGGGGAGCCUGGUUAGAACUCUGUAACCUGAUCACAGACAAAGAGAUGCUGAAGUUCCUGUCUUUGCCAGACACCUGGAUGAAAGAUUUUUUCUGGGCUCACAUAUACACAGAGUUGCAGUAAGAGGAGGCCCUGCAAAAGUAUCAGAAUCUCAUUGAUGUGGGCUUCUCUAAGAGCUCAUAUAUUGUUUCCCAAAUUGCAGUUGCCUAUCACAAUAUCAGAGAUAUUGACAGCCUCUCCAUUUUUAAUGAGCUAAGGAAGCAAGACCCUUACAGGAUUGAAAAUAUGGAACCAUUCUCCAACCUCUUUAUAUCAUCUUUUUCUUUCUUCCAGAGCAUGAAAUCUGAGUUGAGUUAUUUGGCUCAUAACCUCUGUGAGAUUGAUAAAUAUCGUGUAGAAACAUGCUGUGUAAUUGGCAAUUAUUAUAGUUUACGUUCUCAGCAUGAGAAGGCAGCCUUAUAUUUCCAGAGAGCCCUGAAAUUGAAUCCUCGGUAUCUUGGGGCCUGGACGCUGAUGGGACAUGAGUACAUGGAAAUGAAGAACACAUCUGCUGCCAUCCAGGCUUAUAGACAUGCCAUUGAGGUCAACAAACGGGACUACAGAGCUUGGUAUGGCCUUGGGCAGACCUAUGAAAUCCUUAAGAUGCCAUUUUACUGCCUUUAUUAUUACAGACGUGCCCACCAGCUUCGACCCAAUGAUUCUCGUAUGCUCGUUGCUUUAGGAGAAUGUUAUGAGAAACUCAAUCAACUAGUGGAAGCCAAGAAGUGUUAUUGGAGAGCUUACGCCGUGGGAGAUGUGGAGAAAAUGGCUCUGGUGAAACUGGCAAAGCUUCAUGAACAAUUGACUGAGUCAGAACAGGCUGCCCAGUGUUAUAUCAAGUAUAUCCAAGAUAUCUAUUCCUGUGGGGAAAUAGUGGAACACUUGGAGGAAAGCACUGCUUUCCGCUAUCUCGCCCAGUACUAUUUUAAGUGCAAGCUGUGGGAUGAAGCUUCAACUUGUGCCCAAAAGUGCUGUGCAUUCAAUGAUACCCGGGAAGAAGGUAAGGCCUUACUCCGGCAAAUCCUACAGCUUCGAAACCAAGGCGAGACUUCUACCACGGAGACGCCUGCUCCCUUUUUCCUCCCUGCUUCACUCUCUGCUAACAACACUCCCACACGCAGAGUUUCUCCACUCAACUUAUCUUCUGUCACGCCAUAGUUGGCUACUUUUAAGCCAGCACAUUGCUAGACCCAUCUUAAGCCUUACCUCCAUGUACAGAACGGUCACAUCUGUUCUUCCAAGGACGACAGCUCUUCUCGUUUCUACAGAUGGAAACAGCUCCAUGGAGACAGUUUAUAUAAUCGCCUUCAGAAGCAGAUUGAGAGAAUAAUACUGGCAGGAAGGCAUUGUCUUUUGUCAAUUCGAAGCACUUCUAUCUCCCUUCUGUUGAGAGUGGCUAUGGAUCCUGGCCUUCUUCUCAGAGCCAUCCUCCCACCCCACCCCGCAAAAAAACUCAUCCCCUUUACAGCACUUUAGCACAGGCAUUGCUACAGGACAAAGUUUUAAUGCUGUUGGGAGUGGGAGAGAGGCAAGGGAGAAAAGUCAACCACUCUACCUUCUGCUGGCUGGAGGGGCACUGAGUACCCUAGGAAGAGGUCAGGGCAAUGGACAGUAAUUACCUUGCUCUUGGAUUUGCUGAGCAUCACCCCCAUUCUGAUGUCAGAGAUUAGGUUUAAAUGGAGUGAAGCUAUACAUUUAUUCAUACUCUAGGGAGACAAUCUUCCAAAAUAUUUUUGAGAAGGAGUCUUCUAUAGUAAAAGCUUUCAAAGUGGAAGUACUUACUAAGUUAGAUAAAAGAGCAAAAAGGAUGUCACUGAGCUUGGAACUGCUGAUGGCCCUUAUGGAGGGCAAAACAUGGCUGUAGUGUUAACUGUACUCCUACCAAAGCAAGGAGACAGGAUUGCUGAUAAUUUCAUGGAUAUUGGAAAUAACUUUUGUGACUACACAGAUAAUAAACUCACUUCAAGCUGGUCUGUUUUAAUAAA